ACUACUUCUACUACUACUACUACUACUACUACUACUACUACUACUACUACUACUACUACUACUACUACUACUACUACUACUACUACUACUACUACUACUACUACUACUACUACUACUACUACUACUACUACUACUACUACUACUACUACUACUACUACUACUACUACUACUACUACUACUACUACUACUACUACUACUACUAG